CGUCAAUUUCUGAGUAUCAAUUUUGGCUUUUUAUUUUUAAUAGUUAUAAUGUUUGUAUUUAGUAAAUUACAUUUGCUUGGUUAUAUUCAGUAACAGUACGGAAAUUUAAAUAACAAUGGAACGAGCCAAAGUAACUUACUGUACUGAUUUGGAAAAAUCAGUGAUAAUAAGCAACUUUGAGCGACGUGGCUGGAUCCAAGUGAGCCCCGAAGAUGAAUGGAAUUUCUAUUGGUCCUUCACGCAAAACUGCCGCACGAUUUUCAGCAUAGAAAAUGGAUACAGAAUGAACGACAACCAAAUAAUAAACCACUUUCCAAACCACUACGAACUUUCUCGCAAAGAUUUAUUAGUGAAAAAUAUCAAAAGGUAUCGCAAGGAACUAGAACGCGAUGGUAAUGCUUUAGCCGAAAAAACAGAAGUUACGCUACCGAAUGGCCAAACCGUCACACGCUACGUACAUUUGGAUUUCAUACCCGUUACUUACGUACUGCCUGCCGAUUACAACAUGUUUGUGGAGGAAUAUAGGAAAUCACCGCAGAGCACUUGGAUUAUGAAACCGUGCGGAAAGUCCCAGGGAGCUGGAAUUUUCUUAAUAAACAAACUUUCGAAACUAAAAAAGUGGUCGCGCGAAGCCAAAACCCCGUUCCACCCGCAACUAACCAGCAAAGAAAGUUAUGUAAUAUCGCGCUACAUUGACAAUCCGCUUUUGAUUGGCGGCAAGAAGUUCGAUCUUAGAUUGUACGUUUUGGUCACUUCGUUUAGACCGCUUAAAGCUUAUUUAUUCCAGCACGGUUUUUGUAGAUUUUGCACGGUGAAAUAUGAUAGUAGCGUUACAGAAUUAGACAAUAUGUAUGUCCAUCUGACUAAUGUUAGCGUCCAGAAACACGGAGGUGAUUACAAUAGCUUGCAUGGAGGUAAAAUGAGCAUACAAAACUUUAGGUUGUAUUUGCAAGGGACAAAAGGACGUUCGGUGACGGAAAAGCUGUUUGCUGAUAUGCAGUGGUUGAUCGUUCACUCUUUGAAGGCUGUUGCACCAGUGAUGGCUAAUGAUCGACAUAGCUUUGAAUGCUACGGUUAUGAUAUUAUUAUAGACGAUGUUCUGAAGCCAUGGUUGGUUGAAGUGAACGCAUCCCCUUCGCUUCAGUCGACUACACACAACGAUAGAAUACUAAAAUACAAAUUGAUCGACAAUAUAGUGUCGGUCGUUGUGCCCCCAGACGGUAUACCGGAUGCGAGGUGGAAUAAAGUUCCGACCGAAGAGGCUUUGGGCGACUUCGAUGUUUUGAUCGACGAGGAAUUAAUAGAGAGGGAGGACGCAACUUUGCGGAACAGUAGGUUCAAUCGAUGCAAAUCGUGACUUUGCGAAAUGGUUUUAUGCAAAGUGUUUCUUGAACCAAAUUGAAAAUGUAACUACAAUGGGAUAUUAACAAAAUAUAACUACUACUUACCUAAUAUUA